GACGCCGGAAGUGAGCCUCCCAGCGCCGGAAACGGCCGCAGAAGCGACCUCGUGGAGGAGAAGGCAGCAUGGGGCAGUCGGGGAAGUCCCGGCACCAGAAGCGCGCGCGCGCGCAGGCGCAGCAGCGCAACCUCGAGGCCUACGCCGCGCAGCCGCACUCGUUCGUGUUCACCCGGGGCCGCGCGGGCCGCAGCGUGCGGCAGCUCAGCCUGGACCUGCGGCGCGUCGUGGAGCCGCUCACCGCCAGCCGCCUGCAGGUUCGCAAGAAAAAUUCCCUGAAGGACUGUGUGGCAGUGGCCGGGCCCCUGGGGGUCACACACUUCCUGAUUUUGAGCAAAACGGACACCAGCGUAUACUUUAAGCUGAUGCGCCUUCCUGGAGGCCCAACCCUGACUUUCCAGGUCAAUAAGUACACGCUGGUGCGUGACGUGGUCUCCUCGCUGCGCCGGCACCGCAUGCACGAGCAGCAGUUUGCCCACCCGCCCCUCCUGGUCCUCAACAGCUUCGGCCCCCACGGCAUGCAUGUGAAGCUCAUGGCCACCAUGUUCCAGAACCUGUUCCCCUCCAUCAACGUGCACAAGGUGAACCUGAACACCAUCAAGCGUUGCCUGCUCAUCAACUACAACCCUGACUCGCAGGAGCUGGACUUCCGCCAUUACAGCAUCAAAGUGGUCCCGGUGGGCGCCAGCCGCGGGAUGAAGAAGCUGCUGCAGGAGAAGUUCCCCAACAUGAGCCGCCUGCAGGACAUCAGCGAGCUGCUGGCCACAGGUGCUGGGCUGUCGGAAAGUGAGGCGGAGCCCGACGGGGAGCACAACGUCACGGAGCUGCCCCAGGCCAUCGCGGGCCGCGGCAACAUGCGCGCCCAGCAGAGCGCCGUGCGCCUCACGGAGAUCGGUCCCCGGAUGACCCUGCAGCUCAUGAAGAUCCAGGAGGGCGUGGGCGCGGGCAAUGUGCUGUUCCACAGUUUCGUGCACAAGACGGAGGAGGAGCUGCAGGCCAUCCUGGCCGCCAAGGAGGAGAAGCUGCGGCUCAAGGCGCAGCGGCGGGAAAAGCAGGCGGAGGACGUGCUGCGCAAGCGCGAGCGGCGCGAGGCCAACAAGCCCCUGCUGCUCACGCUGCUGGCCUUCGGCGCCCUGGGCCGCGCCGUGCUGCGCAGCCACAGCAUGUCGGCCGCCGAGAAGCUGCGCGUGGCCUUGCUGGUGGCCGCGGGCGUGGCGGUGCACGCCAGCUCCUACGUGCCCUACCUGGUCCUGCGCGUGCUCAACGUGGCCGCCCGGCAGCGCUGGCUGGCCCGCUGCCCCAGCUUCGCGGACGAGGCCCAGGCGGUGCGGGCGCUGGAGCUGGGGCCCUACCUGGGCUUCCAGGUGACGCGGGGCCUGGUGCCCCUUGCCAUGUGCAUCCACCCGCUGCUCUACAUGGCCGUGGUGCCCAGCCUGGGCUGCCCAGCCUGCAGGGCGGGGCGGGACCUGCGGGACCAGCGUCCCGGCCAAGACCAGCCUCUCCCUGCGCUGGCCAGCCCCGAAGCCCGGCCCAGCCUGCUGCUCUCCACAGGCCCCUGCGACAGUGACAAGGCAGGGUGACAGGCCCUGGACCCUGACGUGGCCCUUCAGCCACUUCCUCCCCAAAGACAGCCAGAGCACCCCCCACCCCAUGCUCAGACCCCUGGGCUGGGACAGGGGCAGGCAGGGUCCACACCUGUCAGCCACUCAGGCUGAGGACGAAGGUUCAAAGCCAGCUGGGGAAAGGAAAGCUCAGAGACAACUAUCUCCAGUUAAUGACCAGGAAGCCAGAAGUGCGG